AUUUUGCCUAAUACAACCCAGUAUGUGCCCCAGGUUCCAGUAUAAAAUAUGGGUGAUAAACUCCCUGAAUCGGUUUGGAUACCAAUUUCAUCCCCAUCAGUUUCAUAUCACAGCUUGCCACCCUUAUACUCACCAUGCCUCUCUAUGAAUUUGAGCACGCUAUCCCACUUAAAGAGUCCGAAAAGCAGGCAAUUGCGCAUGGAAUCACAGAGUUUCAUGCCAAUGCAUUCCACGCUCCACGGUAUAUUGUGAACUGCCGGUUCAUUGAUAUCUCUGAUGGACCGUUGUCCGAUAUUUUCGUGGGAGGUAAACGCCGCCAAAUCAAUCGCCUCUUUGUCACUUUGCGGAGUGGAACCGGUCGGACUGUAGAUCAAUUGCGUGUCUUGAUAGACAGCGUCAAUGACGUUUGGGAUAAUACUGUUGGAGGUGGUGGAUGGGAAAAGCAGCUUAGGAGUGUGUACAUCAAAGGCUCCAUUGAUGCUGCGAAGGAGGGUGGCUUUCACCUUCCAUUGCCCGAAUAUUUCGAACAAUGGGUGAAGGACAACACUACCCAGUUUCGAACCUUAGCUGCAGAGGGCGAUCCAGACUUUAUUCAGCUCGCUGAAGAAAUCGAAACCCGGCCAGAGUUCCAGAGAUGAGUUAUGCCAGACUUAUGACCAUCGAGCGAGGUCAGCAACAGCCCAGAGAGGGGGCUUUGGUACAAACGUGAUUGUUGAGUUAGCGUCAUGGUCGGGAAUGUUCAUGGAGCGUCGCCACAUGAUUGUAUAGUCACUCGCAGAUUCCCAACCUGCUGUGGGCUCUA